GCUUUCAUUCACAUUGUCUGGGCACAGGGGGCACAGCAGGAUGCGUCUGCCAAGUCCUGGGCAAUUCACUUCAUGACGCUAGACGCUCUGCACAAACGGGACACAUCCCAAACCUGCACACAGCGCUACCAACGCACAUUCUCGUCCCCUUUGCUGUAAAAUGACACAGCAGUCGUUUCGGGAUAAAGCCAGCGUUUAUUCAUGAGCAGCAGCGAAACAGUGACAAACACAGGAGGGAACAGGAGCGGCGAGCGGACUGGGAGGUGCAGACAGCAAUACUCUGAAGAUAUGAUUUGUAUGUGAUGAGCAUCCCAAUCCACCAGAGACCAAAGUUACGGCCUGCCUUCGUUGCUCCCUCUGAAAGAAAGAGGGAGUGAUGUCACGCCACCACAACCUCUCUGAAAGGGACUACCGGGCACCCUGGGAGCGAAGAGACAUCCGUCCUUCUGGUCUCCACAAUGGAGGAGCCAAUCACAGCUGUGCCUCUACUGUUCUAAAUGGCAACAACCGUCCAGGGCUCCUCCCACUCCCACUCCCGGUCAUCCCCUCCCUCCACCCUAACCCAGCAUCAGUUGUUGUGACGACAUCAAGCAACGACAUAGUGGUCAAGAGAGGCAUCACAGCAGCAGGGUCGAUGGCUACUGUCUCAGCCAAGGUCUCGGGUGUGUCUCCCAUUGACAACCAGAGCCCUGGACUGCUGCUGGCUCCAGGGGUGAGAUGGGGACAGACGUCCAUUAACCAGCUCGCACAUUGGGAUACAGAUGAGCCACCUGUCAAGCAGCAUCGAGACAGCGAGCCCAGUGGUUCAACCUGGGCUGCACCAGGAGAUGUGGUGAGCCAGCCCAGCCUCCUGCCUCAUACCUACACCCUCCCUCAGCCACCCUCCUUUAGCCACAGUGUGACUGUGCAGUCGCCUUUAAGAGGAGUAACACCGUCCAUCCAGACAUCGAUUCCCCCACAGCAUCAUCUCAUGACGGCCCACUUUCAGCUGACCCCACAGUCCAUCCAACAGCCUUCCUCUAUACUUAUGAGCAUGCCCAGUCAGUCUCCGUACCCCUCUGCUCAGCCCAUUGUGACAACAUCUGCCCUUACUGCUCAAGCCAACCAGGUGGUUCAUGGUUCAAACCAUCACAGCAUGAUUGGUAAUGGCCACUUGACCUCUCAUCCUGGCCUCAUGCAGCCCCCUCCCUUACCUCUGACCAAUGGACAUGGAGCAGCAGCACAGGCUCCACCCUCAGCUGUAGCCAAUCAGGACAAUCCUAAUGGACUGCAAAUACUGAGGACAGCAGGGAUGGGAAAGUACGAGUUCAACGACCCAGGACAUCCUAAAGAGAUGUUGAAGGAGCUGAACCAGCAGCGCAGAGCGAAAGAGUUUACAGACCUGAAAAUAAUAGUUGAAGGCAAAGAGUUUGAAGUCCACCAAAGUAUUCUAGCUUCCUGCAGCUUGUAUUUCAAGGACCUGGUGAAAAGGUCGUCAGCUGAAACAAAGAGAGAAGAGAUGCUGGAGUUGAACAUGAACAACAUCAGCGCCGACGUGUUGGAGCUGCUGCUGGAGUUUGUCUACACAGGAUCACUGGUCAUCGACUCGGCCAAUGCCAAGAUGCUGCUGGAGGCCGCUAACAAGUUCCAGUUCAACACCUUCUGUAAAGUCUGCGUCUCAUUCCUGGAGAAACAGCUGACUGCAGCUAACUGUCUGGGAGUGCUGGCGAUGGCUGAAGCCAUGAGUUGCAUAGAGCUCCAUAACAUGGCCAAAGCCUUUGCACUGCAGAACUUCCCUGAGGUGGCGGGACAGGAAGAGAUUCUGAGUGUGUCCAAGGAGGAUCUGGUGUCCUACCUUUCCAACGACAGUCUCAACACCAAGGCUGAGGAGCUGGUCUACGAGACAGUCAUCAAAUGGAUCAAACAAGACCCAGACUCCAGAGUACAGAGUUUGUCAGAGCUGCUAGCGGUGGUGCGUCUUCCCUUCAUCCACCCGUCCUACCUCCUCAACGUGGUGGAUAACGAGGAGCUGAUCAAAUCAUCAGAGGCGUGUCGGGAUCUGGUCAACGAGGCCAAACGCUAUCACAUGCUGCCUCACGCCCGACAGGAGAUGCAGACGCCCAGGACUCGGCCGAGGCUAUCUGCUGGUGUAGCAGAGGUGAUAGUUCUGGUGGGAGGGCGUCAAUCGAUCGGGAUGAACCAGCGCUCCCUGACAGCAGUCACCUGUUUCAACCCCCAGAACAGUAAGUGGUACCCGCUGGCCAGCCUGCCCUUCUACGACCGAGACUUCUUCAGUGUCAUCUCAGCUGGAGACAACAUCUACCUGUCAGGUGGCACAGAUGCCGGUGUGAUGGUGGCUGACGUUUGGUGCUACAUGUCUCUGCUUGAUAACUGGAGUCUGGUGUCCCGGAUGACAGUGGCUCGCUGCAAACACAACAGCCUUGUGUACGACGGAAAACUGUACACCAUCGGAGGACUGGAAGUAUCAGGGAACCUGGACCAUGUGGAGAGGUACGACACAAUCACCAACCAGUGGGAGACGGUCUCUCCUCUUCCUAAGCCGGUCCAUUCAGCAGCAGCCACAGUGUGUGGAGGGAAGGUUUUUGUGUUUGGAGGAGUGAACGAGGCCGGCCGCUCUGCAGGUGUCCUCCAGUCCUACGUACCACAGAGCAACACCUGGAGCUUUAUUGAAUCACCUAUGAUAGACAACAAAUACGCCCCUGCAGUGAGUCUGAAUGGUUUGAUAUUCAUCCUGGGAGGUGCCUACGCUAGAGCCACCACCAUUUAUGACCCAGACAAAGGCAACAUCAAGGCUGGUCCCAACAUGAAUCACUCUCGACUGUUCUGCAGCGCUGUGGUCACAGAUGGGAAGAUCUUCACUACAGGAGGCAUCGUGAGCAGUGAGGGUCCUGCCCUUAGCAAUAUGGAGACCUUUGACCCUUGCACCAACACAUGGACGCCCCUGCAGUCUCUGCCCUGUCCGCUCUUCAGACACGGCUGUGUGGUCAUCAAGAAGUACAUUCAGAGCAGCUGAGGGUGACUGGAACUCAAACGCUUAGGGCUUAGGGCUGGGGUUGGUCGGUCGGUCUGUGGCCUCUAUAGAUGCCAGCAUCCUUUUAUGUUUCCCUUUCCACUAAGAAACACCUUGUGCAGAAUGUACUCAUGUUUGCCUACUCAGCCAUGUCAUGAUGAUGCCUAACCUCCAGGACUGUAAGUGUCAUGGCAGUAGGUCAUCCAUCAUCUAACAGGCACAGGGACCCCCUCAGUAAAAUCCUUUUUAACAGUCUUCACUGUUUUAGUUUUGUUUCUGUAAACUCACCACAACCAGAUUUCUUCACUCCCACUACCUCAGAAAAUGCAAAUGCAAGGUACGAGUUAUGUUAUUCCAUCUAGAGAACUAUGUUUGACAGGUAAAGGUUUCAUAGUCAAAUCUAAAAGGGCAUAUUUUCCAUUGUGGUGAACAAAGAGUUUUCGGUAGUGACACUAAAUGAAGGAAGGGUUUAUUUACCUCCUUAUCAGAGGAUUAAAUGAGUUUCUAGUCAUAAAUGGAUUCCCCACCAAGUAUGGAUUUAUAAGGUCAUUUUGACACACAUUUUGGGCUCUGUGUUACCCAGAUCUUUUGGACUUGGUGCCUUUAUAACAUUGGAAAGACAAAGUCUGGCUCAGAUCAACUUUAAAGAGAAGGGUAAUCUUUAUUUGCCAUGUGCAAUUCAAGCCAGAUAAAGAAAUCAUCUGGACUGAUCUGCUUUUUCUCCUCUUGGUCUAACUGCCUUACUCUUGCUGGGACGAAAACGUUAUUUCAGGGAGAAACAGAGAGCGGAAGAGAGAGAGAGAAAUGGAAUUAAGUCAGUCAGGAAAAAAGCACAAUAAACACUUGUGACUGUUAUCACACCAGUGAUGAUUUAUUCUUUCUGUAUUUCAUCAUUUUCCCUGAACCAUCUUUGUUUUCAUCAAUGUUUUCAAACAAACUGAAAAAUAAGUUGGGUUUGUAGUAUGGAAAUAAAAUAUGUAUAUUUUAAAACCUGGAGGAAAUUAUGUUCAAAUGUUUUUAAAGCCUAAAUGAUAAUCUAUAUGAAUAUUUUUAGAAAAAAUGUUGGAUUUUAAAUGGUUUGUCUGUAAAUCUGUACUUUACAAGGAACACUUUAAAGUUAUUAUUGAAGCCCAAUACCAGAACAUGAA